GUAGUGAAGUAAGCCGCUUCGACAGACUUCGAACCGCUACGUGAGCGCGAGCGGAGGCUUAUCUCCGUCUGUUCCGUUCGGUGCCCUUCGUUUCUGCCCCGAGUCGACCGUCGAUCGAGAUAAAGGUGCGACUUCCUUGCGUUUACUCGCGGCGCGUCCAAUCCCUCGUGUCGCUGCCGCCGUCAUUGCCGUGUCUCUUCGUGUCAGCUGUCACGAGCGACGACGUCCACGAGAAUCGGAACAUUUUUCAACUGAACCCUAAUGGCUGUCAAAGGAUUAGUAGCAUCAAUUGUCAAAUUUUUGACAGACCAAUUGCAAGAUGGUGAUAUAACUGCUGACUCGCGUGAGAGUUUGGAAGUAGCAAUCCAGUGUCUAGAGAGUGCUUACAAUGUGCAAGCUUCUGAUGCUCCAGCAAAUGUAAAUCUGUAUCAAAUUUAUAAAAAUGCAGUGGAGAAUGCUGCGCCAGUUCUAGGUCCAGAAGCUACACCAGAAGCAAAGGCUGAAGCAGAAAGAUUGAAAAACGAAGGCAAUGCACUCAUGAAACAAGAAAAACAUCACGAAGCGCUUGCCAAUUAUACAAAGGCAAUAGCAUUAGAUGGUCGCAAUGCAGUAUACUAUUGUAAUAGAGCCGCCGUUCACAGCAAGCUUGGUAAUCACACUCUAGCCAUCAAAGACUGUAAUACGGCACUCUCUAUCGAUCCAUCAUACAGUAAGGCAUAUGGUCGAUUAGGUUUAGCAUAUUCUAGUUUGGAAAGGCAUAAAGAAGCUAAGGAAAGUUAUGAAAAGGCUUUAGCGAUGGAACCAGACAAUGAGAGUUAUCGAAACAAUUUGCAACUGGCAGAAGAGAAAUUGGCUCAGUUAGGUGUUAAUCAGUCUUUGCCUAAUUUACCUGGCAUGGAUCUGAGCGCCCUUCUUAGCAAUCCCUCUCUAAUGAAUAUGGCACGUCAGAUGUUAUCUGACCCAGCUAUGCAGAAUAUGAUGUGUAAUCUCAUGUCUGGCAAUGUAGAAGAAGGCGGUCGUAUGGAAUUACUCAUAGAAGCAGGACAACAAUUAGCGCAACAAAUGCAAAACGCGAAUCCUGAAUUGAUUGAAUCAUUGAGACGGCAAAUGGGCGGCAAUCCAAACGAUCCGGAACCACCGCAACAAAAUUAAAAUAUAUCUGGUUGUGUGAUAGAUGGACAUGAACAUUUAUGGCCGACUUUUUUUCUUACUCGUAGUUACAGUGCAUUGUAUCGUUUUCUAAAAUGCCGCGAGACAAGAUUUAUAGCUUCGAUGAUAAUUCUAUCAUCAUAUCUAAAGCGAUAAUACGUAUAGAAUUCAUUUUAUAGCUUGCUCAUUACGAGUGUCAAUAUCGGGCCUCUUUCCUCUUCCUCAUCUUCUCUUUGGCUAUGUACAAUUUUUGAUAGCAUACUUGCAAAGGUUGAUGCAACAUGACAAGAUGUUUUAUAAAUGCCACGACGAUUUGAGUAAUUGUAAUAAUUGAUAUUCCACUCUACCGUAUCACCCAGGGCAUUAUUUCUAGAUUGUGUGUUAUAUUAUGAAUACGAAAUUAUAUACACCAUUGUUUAUUAU